AUGGCCAUCUUUGAUAAAUUCCGCAAGUCCUCUGCGGAAGAGGGUGCUACGGCCCCGGUCGCUGACGAGAAGGGCCCCCAGGCCGUCGACCCCGUCGCUACCACUGAGAAGAUCCCCGUUGACACUCCUGACGACUCGUCGCCGCCAUCCGACAAUGUUUCGGAGGACGUCCAGCGAGGUGUGCAGUACGUUGAGGCCGCCGCGAAGGCCUGGUCCAAGCCGGUCCUGAUCUGGAUUUUCAUCAACAUCUGGCUGCUUUAUUUUGUCAACGCCUUCCAGUCGGCUAUCAACUACUCGCUCAUUCCUUACGUGACUAGCGAUUUCGAGACGCACUCUCUGCUCAGCACAAUCUUCAUCGUCGCCAACUCCAUCACAGCAGCAUGCUACAUUCCCCUGUCCAAGAUUCUCGACCUCUGGGGUCGUGCCGAAGGCUUCCUCCUCAUGACCAUCUUUGCGACCAUGGGUCUAGUCAUGAUGGCGGCCUGCAAGAACCUCUCGACCUUUUGCGCUGCUUAUGUUUUUUAUUCCCUCGGCUUCAGCGGCAUGACUUUUUGCGUCGACGUUCUGACGGCCGACGCUUCCAAGCUCAAGAAUCGAGGCUUGGCGUACGCCUUCACCUCGUCUCCGUACAUCAUCACGGCCUUCGCCGGCCCCGAGGCUGCCGAGGAUUUUUAUGAGAAGAUCAGCUGGCGCUGGGGCUUUGGUGCCUUCUCCAUCAUCUUCCCCGUCGUUGCCGCUCCUCUCUACAUCGUCCUCAAGAUUCAGAUGCGCAAGGCCGAGAAGCAGGGCCUGGUGAAGCACGAGUCGACCCUCGGCGUUAUCCUGUUCGCCGGUGGCCUGACCGUCUUCCUGCUGCCGUUCACUCUUGCCAGCACGGCCCCCAACGGCUGGAAAACUGACUACAUCAUUGCCAUGAUCAUCGUCGGCUUCGUCGUUAUCUGUAUCUUCCUCGUCUACGAGUGGUUCUGGGCGCCGAAGCCAAUGCUCAACUUUCGCUUCUUCGCUGACCGUAGCGUCGUCGGUACCUGCUUGCUGAGCGCCACCUACCAAAUCUCUUAUUACUGCUGGGCCUAUUAUUUCAGCUCCUUCCUGCAGGUGGUCAACGACCUGAGCAUGUCUCACGCCGGCUACAUCGACAACACCUUCAACGUCGUCUCCGGUGUGCUGCUCUUCAUUGUUGGUUUCGCCAUCCGCAAGACCGGCUACUACAAGUGGCUGCUCUACAUUGCCGUGCCUCUCUACAUCCUUGCCCAAGGUCUCAUGAUCUACUUCCGUCGCCCCGACCAGCACUUUGGCUACCUCAUCAUGUGCGAGGUUUUCAUCUCGAUCGGUGGCUCCAUUUUCAUCAUCGUCCAGCAGGUCUCGAUUCUUGCUGUCGUCGACCACCAGCAUGUCGCCGCCGCCUUAGCCCUCAUCUUCGUCGUGGGCACGACCGGCGGCGCCAUCGGCGCUGCUAUCUCUGGUUCCAUCUGGACCAACACCUUCCUCAAGGCGCUCAAGAUGUACCUCCCUGCGGAUGUUGUCGCCGACGAGGAGACCCUCAUGCUCAUCUAUGAGGAUCUCUACGCCCAGUUGAGCUACCCGGCUGGUGACCCGAUCCGCCACGGCAUCCAGAAGGCGUACGGCUACGCCCAAACUAGGAUGCUCUCCGCUGGCACGGCCUUCAUGGUCCUGGCCAUUGUGGCCACCCUGCUCAUGCGCAACAUUAACGUUAGGAAGAAUGCUCAGGUCAAGGGCACUGUCUUCUAA